AUCGUCAAGCUCACCUACCUCGACGCCAAGUCCUCCGGCGAGCCCAUCCGCCUCGCGCUCCACGUCGCCUGCGUGGCCUUCGAGGACGUGCGCGCCUCGUACGACGAGGUCAACCGGCUGCGCGGGAGCGGCUACCUCCCGUUCGGGCAGGUGCCUGCGCUCGAGGUGGAUGGCCAGGUGUUCGCGCAGAGCCAGGCGAUUCUGCGCUGGGUGGGGCGCCAGACCGGCCUCUACCCAGACGACCUCCAGAUCCAGAUCGACCAGGUGGACGAGGCGCUAGUCGACCUGAGGAGCGUCCUGCGCCCGGGUUGGUACGGGUCGGUCCUUGGGCGGCACCCCCUUACGGGCAAGCCGCUGCUCGAGCUCACGCCUGGCCAACGCGCCGAGGUCAUCGAGUUGCUCAACACGGUGGUGCUGCCCGCACGCCUGGCGCAGCUGGAGCAGCUGCUGACGAUGACGUCGCCCGGGCCGCUCGUGUGCGGCGGGCGGCUGACCAUCGCCGACCUGAGCCUGUACGUGUACGCCUCGGGGCUGCUGGACGGCACUGGUGUGCCGGCAGGCGUCUCCAGCCAGCUGCUGGAGGCGUGCCCGAGGAUCCUGGCCCAGGUGCGGCACGUGGAGGCGCUCCCGGCCGUGGCAGAGUGGAACCGGCUCGCUGCGGCGCCGCAGGGCGCGCGGUAG